AUGUACGCGGGGCUGCAGGAGCUGGGGGUGGCCAACGGCGAGGAUCUCAAGGAGACGCUGACCAACUGCACGGAGCCGCUGAAGGCCAUCGAGCAGUUCCAGACAGAAAAUGGGGUCCUGCUGCCCUCGCUGCAGUCGGCCCUGCCCUUCCUGGACCUGCACGGCACCCCCCGGCUGGAGUUCCACCAGUCGGUGUUUGACGAGCUGAGGGAGAAGCUGCUGGAGCGAGUCUCGGCCAUCGCCUUGGAAGGGAAGGUGGAGGAAAGGUACAAGAAGCUGGAAGAUCUCCUGGAGAAAAGCUUUUCCUUGGUCAAGAUGCCUUCCAUACAGCCUGUGGUAAUGUGUGUCAUGAAGCACUUGCCCAAGGUGCCUGAGAAGAAGCUGAAGUUAGUAAUGGCUGAUAAGGAUUUAUAUAAAGCAUGUGCAGUGGAGGUGAAGCGCCAGAUUUGGCAGGAUAACCAGGCUCUGUUUGGUGAUGAAGUAUCCCCACUGCUGAAGCAAUAUAUCCUGGAGAAAGAAAAUAUUCUCUUCAGCAACGAUAUUUCUGUCCUGCACAACUUCUUCAGUCCGUCUCCCAAAGCAAGACGUCAGGGAGAGGUGGUUCAGAAGCUGACUCAGAUGAUUGGGAAGAAUGUGAAGCUCUAUGACAUGGUGUUGCAGUUCUUGAGAACUUUAUUCCUCCGGACAAGGAAUGUGCAUUACUGCACGCUGCGGGCAGAGCUCCUGAUGUCACUGCAUGACCUGGAAAUCAGUGAAAUCUGCACUGUUGACCCUUGUCAUAAGUUCACGUGGUGCCUUGAUGCCUGCAUUCGGGAGAAGUUUGUGGACAACAAGAGAGCUCGGGAAUUGCAAGGCUUUCUGGAUGGAGUGAAGAAAGGACAAGAGCAAGUUUUGGGGGACUUAUCGAUGAUCUUGUGUGAUCCCUUUGCCAUUAACACCUUAGCCCUGAGUACCAUAAGGCACCUGCAGGACCUCGUUGGGCAGGACACCUUACCCAGGGAAAGCCCAGAUCUGCUGCUGCUCCUUAGGAUGCUGUCUUUAGGACAGGGAGCCUGGGACAUGAUUGACAGUCAAGUCUUCAAGGAACCAAAAAUGGAAGCUGAAUUGAUUACAAAGUUCUUACCUAUGCUGAUGUCCUUUGUGGUGGAUGAUCACACGUUCAAUGUAGAUCAGAAACUGCCCUCGGAGGAAAAGGGGCCGAUUCCCUACCCCAGCACCAUUCCUGAGGCUUUCACCAAAUUCUUGCAGGAGAACAGAAUAGCUUGUGAGAUUGGGCUAUACUAUAUCCUUCACAUAACAAAACAGAGAAACAAGAAUGCUUUCCUCAGGCUCCUGCCAGCACUAGUCGAGACAUUCAGUGACUUGGCCUUCAGUGAUAUAUUUCUGCAUCUGCUCACUGGUAACCUCACACUGCUGGGUGAUGAAUUUGCAGUUGAAGAGUUCUGCACCGGUCUCUUUGAUGGCUUCUUUCUCACUGCAUGCUCAAGAAAGGACAAUGUACACAGACAUGUACUAAGAUUGCUGCUUCAUCUGCAUCACAAAGUGGCGCCUGCCAAAUUAGAGUCUCUCCAGAAGGCUUUGGAACCCACCAAACAGAGUGGGGAGGCUGUGAAGGAGCUUCAUAACCAGCUCACUGAGAAACUGGAGCUUCGCAAGCCUAGUCCUGCCGAAGUGACUGAGACUCCCUCCAUGGAACUGCCCUUGCCCACCGUGCCCACACCAGCCUCACGCUGAGCUGUGUUUGUUUUGCAGGAGUGAGACAGCAAAACAAGCCUCGUGCUCAGCAGCCUGAGGGCGCUGUACUGCCUUGUCAAGUGUCUGCCCGCAGGGUGGAAACAAAAAAUAGCCACUGAAAAAGCUCUUUGGGGAAACACUGCGGUUUACCCAACUGUCUCUUGCUGGUUAGAAAACUCUGUAUGCAGUGCAUUGCAGAGGUUUACUUUUCUUAAAGGUAGCUGAGUGAGUGUCUUCUUGUAGAUCUACUUACAACUGACUGUACUUUUUUUUUUUUGAAAAAGAAAAGGCAUAUUUUUAAGCUUUGCAUCUUGUAUUCUUUAACUCUAUUUCAAGAACUUAUAACUGGCUGUCUAGUACAUGGCUGAGCAGAUAGUGUAAGCUCCCGAAGGCUAACCCGCUUUUUCCUGGCUGUUAGUGGGUUCCUCUGGGUCUGUAGAGGAUAUACUCAGCAAACAAAUGUCAGAGGAGAUAAGAGAAUCCACUGAUGUGAUUUCCUGUUUCUGAUUCUAGCUAUUUACUUCAUGGUAAAACGUGCUGCAUUAGUGAGGGAUGUCCACUACUGUCACUAGACCAGGAAGCAAUGAUCUUAUGAAGAACAUCAGAAACUGAAUUGGUCCCCUGCUUUCCUUUCUCUCCCACUUUUUCCAAAGAAAGCUUGAAAUCAAUCUUGGAUCCAGUGAACUAAGACCCAAAUGCUGGUGGGGUUUGGGUGUAGGCAGGGUGAUAUCUUGACUGAAAGAAUAGCCUGUUCUCCAUGGCUUAUCUGUGUUUGCUGUCUGUACUGUUGCAGUUGAUUCCUGUUGUGCUUUUACUGUUGCCUCAGUGUAAAUAUCAGACAGAAUAUGCAGGAAGAUGGAUUUGGGAGAAGAAUGAGUUGUGUGAGCUUACAAGUGACUUUGCAUUGGUUUCAGCCCAAUAUAUGUAAAAAAAAUCUCAUCAGUCCUCUGUAAACAGGAAGAUGCCUGCAUGAGGAAUUCUGAAUCACAGACUAACGCAGGUAUGAAGGCACUUCUGAGGGUCUCUGCUUACCCUCUAACUCAGACUAGAGCUUAUCUAGAAAAGGUUGCUUAAGGACAGAACUUUGUAUUUUACCUUUAAGUUUCCUGAGGCUUCUGUUAGGCCGUUUCUCCAGCCCACUGAGGUUCCUCUGAACGGCAGCCCUGCCCAGUGUGUGUGUCAGCCAUUGCCACAGUUUGGUACCAUUUGUAAAUUUGCUGAGGGUGUGUUCUGUCUUUGGGUUGUGAAUAGAGGCAUUAAACAAUACUAGCCUAGUUAUGGACCCCUGAGGAAUGUGAGGAGUAACUGGCUGCCAGUUGGACUUUGUGCUGUUGAUCUCAACUCUCUGGGACUGGAGUCUUGCCAGUUUUCCAUGCAGCUAUCUGAUCCACAACAAAAUGAUUUGCCUAUAUGUGUUCUUCAGACAAUUGUGUCCAAAGCCAUCUGAAGUUAAGCUAAACUGUGCUGCUCUCCUCUUGUCUGCCAAGCCAGUCUUAGAAAAUUAUCAGAGUUUUCAGGCACCAUUAAUCGUGCUGGUCGUGCUGUCACUUUCUUGUCCUUGUAUUUUCCCAGCACUUAUUUUUUCUUGGGGCUCGAAUACUUCUGGUGCCAAGCCAUAUCAUGAGACUUCUCCAUUUCCUGAAGCUGAAUGGAAAAAAAGAAAAAAGAUGUAAUUGAGCAAAGAUGGAAAUCCCUCCCAGAAGCUGCUGAACUCCUUCUUUGUGUAGUUUUCUUCCUCCUGAGCUCUCAAGUGCUGCAUGAGGAAAGCAAGUACUCUUCAUUGCCUCAGUGCCUUGUUUUCCAUUUGAGCAGGGGCUUGUCUGUGUCUUUUGGGAAAACUGGGA